AUGCUCAGCUAUCUCGAGCUAAUUUGUACUGCGCAUAUUUGGGCAGGAGCUCCAGGCUAUGGCCCCGCUCCAAUACAAACGAUCAUUGUAGGCUCAGUGGCUUUCAAUCAGAACCCGUCGUCAAUGAUGUGUCCACACUGUCAUCAACAGAUUUUGACGAAGACUGUACCAAAAAGUGGGCUACUCACUUGGUUACUGUGCGGCGGCAUGGCAUUAUUCGGGAUACCGAACAUUAUUGCCCGAACUGCCGUAAACUUCUGGGGACAUACAGAAGAAUAUGAACUGAUUAAAAGCACUGCUGCAUAUGUGUUUCUCGUGUUAUUAAUAUACUAA